AUGUGGUCUUCUAGGCACAGGAGCUACUCUGGGACCACACAUAUCAACGUGCCAGUCCCCCCCGCCGACCUGUCUCACGCUUCCGCUUUCACCAUGACCGGUCGUCGAUAUCCACGUAUGUCUCUACCGCCAACGCCUACAAUGUCGACACCAACUCAAGAGUGGGUGCCAAAGAAGCUGGGCAUAACUAUGGAGGGACGAGUCCCUCAAAACUCGAAGGUGAAGAGGUGGGAUGGUGCGGCAAGGUCCUGCAGUGACUGGGACAACCUGAGAAGGGACCCUGAACUCUGGUUCCGCGGCGGGAAUUGCUUCGUACAUCUGUACGGCAAGGGCCAGUCACGCAGAGGGCCUGCAUUCAAGGUCCCAUUUGGGGCUCUGCUCUCGGCAAAAUGCCACCCUUUCGUCAAAAGGUUCAUGUCUCGCGACGCGAUGCCCGAGUCGCCCGUGUCGUUUGACGACCAGUACGAUGACUUGGACCGGUGGAAUGCUCUCAACCCCAACGAGAAAGUCGAACUUUACAUUCCAGCGCCGCCCAUGGCGGACAAGGAACAGUCGUUUGCCUAUCACCUCGCGACACGCAAUUUCUUCGCCUGGAUUUUCCGCCGCUCGGUUGUCGGCGAACACCUGGGCACCGCUCUCAUCGGCCUGCUGAACAGCAUGGCGGAAUUCAGAGGCAAUGACCAGGACAACAUCCCAGAUCUCAUGUCGUACCUGGAUGAGGAGGGUUAUCUGGACAUCAAGGGCCAGCCGCAUCAAGCGUUGGCUCUCCUAAAUCUUUCCGAGUUCUUCCAGAUGAGGGACAUGUACAUCGAUGCAUUCAGUCACUGCGUUGGAAUGAGCGAGGAGCUCCCCUACAGCCCUGAGUACCAGCACAUUGGUUCAGUCACCAAGACUCACAUCCGACGGGCCGUAGCGAACAUGAACGCACGGCUUAGCAAAGCCGGCGGCAUGCUGAAUCUGUUCUUGGAGGAGGAACUGUCUGAAACCCACCUCGGUCUACCGGCAGGCGGCCGUGCUCACUUGGACCGAUUCCGAGCCUUUACAAAAUCAUUUUACACGACGAAGCUGGGCGCUUACCCGCCGCUCUCCUUCGACGCGCAGAAGAACCCCGUCUUCGACCCCGAGGUGCUUACCAUCAUGCGCAAAGACUUCCAGGCUGUGUAUGAGCUGCUGGUCGACGAGAGUUUCACUUCUGCCGAGAGCAGCCCGAUCCUUGCCCAGGGUGGGAUUUGCACGUACCAGAGCGUUAACGACUUUGACCGUCGUUGUAAGUUCCAGUCGCUCCGGCAUCCACUGCCGUUGCUUCCCGAGCCGGCCGGGGACAGGUCUGCCCGUCGCGUGUCUCUCCAAUGGCUGGCAAACACCGCGCGGGGCGACAAGCUCAAGCCCGACCAGCGUCUCGUGGCCCACAGCGCUCUGAUCAAGGCGAUGAACAUGCGGGAUCAGGACCUGCUCGAAAACGACUUUGUUCGUGCGUACCGCAAGUUUGAGGAAGACUCGGUCUCGCCGCUCAGCCGUGUUGACAAGGUCGAGAAGAUCAGUCUUGUGGAUGCCCGCAAGGUCCGAUGGAUCUUGAUCUACGCCACGUAUCAGGUUCUCCUGAGCUGCACGCAGGCUCCGCCAGAGGUUCGCGACGCGGAAAAGGUGGGCUACCAUCUUGCUAUCUCGACCGAGAAGCUACCGCCUUGGAAGGAGGGUCGCAACUUGCAGUCACUCCUACGCAAGCAGACCGACCUCACAACGAACGUCAAGCGGACGCAGUCCGUCACAGACUGGGCAUCCAAGUGCAAUGCGGUCCCGAGCCUCAUUGUUACGCCCACCAUCGACAUCCGGCCAGAUAUUGACUACAUGGCCAGAUCGCGCCAAGAGGAGGAGAGGGUGUCCCGUCGCCAGUCGGUAUGUGUAAGCUCAACCGGGACGGGCGCAGCACGGUCCCGGAGUCGGAGUCUCUCUCGUAGCAACCCAUUCCGACGAUCUCUCAGCAUCUUCCGCAAACUGGAAGAGCAGUGCGCUCCCGCUCCAGCGCCCAGGAAGGCAUCAUACUGCGAGAUCGUCGUCCACGGCUACGGCAACGGCACCAACGCGGUCAAGAAGUCGACCAUCCCGCCCCCAGAGGUUUCGCCGCGGACAGUUACAGCUCCCCGUUCGUUCUCGACGUCGUCCGAGUCCAGCAGCGUCUCCGAGCCCCAGUCAUUGGGGGCCUUUAGCUUCGCAACGACCGAGUCAACGGCGCCGCCGACGUCGCCCGAGGCGGUGUGCAAGAACUGGCCGAACCAAGGCUCGCCGAUGCUCAGCCCAGUGCCCCUACGUGGCCGCCGGCGCGUCAAGGCCGUGCUCGCCUUCGCGGAACCUCCGGAGCCUCCUCGCGCCAGCUCCCCUCACUUCAGCUCCCCGGAGUUGAACGACAAGAGACGCCAUAGCGUCAUGAGCUACGCGCAUGACUACGAAGAGUUGAUCAAGCAGCAGGAGAGCGACUUCCACCGUCACGAGCUGGAACCGCUCCCGCUGCAGAUCCGUAAGACGUCGAUGCCGCUGCACACCGAGCUGCAUGCCGAGUCUCCGGUCCUGGGGACUAUCGAUGUGGACAUCAAGCCCGAGUGGGAGCAGUACAAGGACCUGGGGGGGCUGACCAGCUUGUCGCCCCUGAAGAUCUAGGGACGUCUUGAAUAUCCUUUAGCCUCAAAACGUUGUGUCGAGAUGAGAUGAGAUGAGACGAGAUGGACGACCAAAACAAAAGUCUCUACUUUUCUGUCAUUCUUCUUCUUCUUGUUCUUCUUUCCUUUGUAAGAAAUGUCCUUGGACACGAUGAGAUACCCUGCCGUACCCUCUCUAUCCUAGCGUCGCAUGGCGGUGGUUGAAAACAGGCGUUGGGAACCGAGAAGGGAUUUCGUUUUGUAUGGUAGCAUGCUCAUCGAGCGAGCUUAUUCGAGCUUAUUGACAGACUAACACUAUCAUUCCCAUAUUAAAUCUUUCCUUUACACAAGAGUUCCUCUUCCAUUCUUGAGAGGGGGUAGAGCCAUGUGACAUUUGAAGCCUAGUCCAACUGAUGUGUGCGUGGGGGCAUGGACGCGCACCCCCUGACCCCCCGACCUUGCCCGUUAUCCUGGAAUGCUCGCCGAAAAUGCAGGGGCUCCAUUCGGCCGCCGUUCCGAUACCGAGCGCUAGCGCUGACGGCUUGGGCAUGUGGGUUUUGCGGCUGCAAGUCCACGUUUCCUGCAUGACGGCUGCAUCCAUCGUGGGGUUCUUUCUAUCCGGGGUGGGAGACAGAUCUCCCGAUGAAUGGGAGUGCUCGACGUCAUUCUACAGAGUGCAAAGCGUCUCCGAGGUCCCUGGUGGAGGAAGAAUACUAAAAACACAUUUGCCUCACGUCUCAAGGUUUGCCGUCUCGCCCUUUUGUUCUGUUCCCUCCUCUUUCUUGAAAAUCACCCGGGUCGCCUUUUUCUGACCAAACUGACUGACGUACCGAUUUCCCC